AUGGAGGGUGCAUCCCGCCAAACGUCAAGAAUAUUACGGUCAAGGGGCACCGACCUACUCUCGCAACAUGCUCGCCUUCCCCGACCAGCUACCAAAACCGGUCUAACCACGACACAAUGCCGAGCCCUCUCCAAUUCGAACCGCAACCUCGCUCCAGAGUCACUAUUCAGUCAGUUUGCAGCUGCAUCUAGUGGAUCUCAAAACCCAUCCGGUUCCCCAGCCGUAUACUUCAACAAUCGAUCUACCCUCCCCGCAAAUACCGUUGUGCGAUUCGUGCCACAGCAGACAGCAUGGAUCGUGGAGCGAAUGGGAAAGUUCCACCGAAUCCUUGAGCCCGGUCUGGCCAUUCUGGUUCCAUUCCUUGAUCGCAUUGCCUAUGUUAAGAGCCUGAAGGAGUCUGCUUUGGAAAUACCGAGCCAGAACGCCAUCACCGCGGAUAAUGUGACGUUGGAGCUGGAUGGCGUGUUGUAUACCCGGGUAUUUGACGCAUAUAAAGCUAGUUACGGUGUUGAGGAUGCGGAAUACGCCAUCUCCCAACUUGCGCAGACGACCAUGCGAUCUGAAAUCGGCCAGUUGACCCUGGACCACGUCUUGAAGGAGCGCGCUACUCUUAACACAAACAUUACACAGGCUAUCAAUGAGGCCGCUCAAGACUGGGGUGUUGUCUGCCUGCGAUACGAGAUUAGGGAUAUUCAUGCCCCGGAUGGCGUUGUCGCGGCCAUGCACCGCCAAGUUACCGCAGAGCGAUCGAAGCGAGCUGAGAUUCUCGACUCUGAGGGUCAACGCCAGAGUGCUAUCAAUAUAGCUGAGGGGCGCAAGCAAUCUGUUAUUUUGGCCUCCGAGGCUCUGCGCGCCGAAGCAAUUAACAAGGCGGCUGGUGAGUCUGAGGCUAUUCAAUUGAGAGCCCAGGCUACUGCCCGUGGAAUUGAGGCUGUAGCCCGCGCUAUUGAAGACGGCAAGGAGCAUGCUCAGGGUGCGAUCAGCUUAAGCGUUGCUGAGAAGUAUGUCGAUGCGUUCUCCAAGCUGGCGAAGGAGGGUACCUCCGUUGUUGUGCCAGGUAACGUUGGUGACCUGGGCGGUAUGAUUGCCAACGCGAUGGCUGUUUACGGCAAGGUCAGCCAGAGCCAAGCCAAAAGUAUGGCUGCUAAGGCUAUUGGUGUUCCAGAGUCAAAGAUUAACACUUCUUCGACCGCCACCAGUGAGGCCUUGGAGGAUGGGCUGCAUCACGAGGCUGAGAGCAGCGAAGCGCCGAACUCAGUCAGUCAAAGUGUUUUGGACUCUUUUGAUCAGGCCAGUCAAAACUCAAAAAACUGA